AUCAGUCAAUUGGAAAUCAAUGCUAUAUUAUAUUGUCACAUUCGAACGCUCGAUCAAGAUUGUCACAUCCGUUUUUUUUAUGCGUGGGAUAAACGAAGUAUUUACAACCCCCGUCGUCUUUUUAUGACGGAAGUGUGCACGGAAGUGAUUAAUUGAAUUUUAUUGCUGAGUGAAAUAAGAAAACGCUGACUGAUUCUUCGCUCCGGGGCUUGUGUUACCGUUCUGUUUUGCAAUAAACUUGGAUAAACAGUGGAAAGGAACCGCUUUUCAAGCGCGAAAGUUUUUAUUCCGAUCAUUGACAUUUAUCUUGCCAGAAUCGCAGUAGGUGAUGCCACCGCCUCUAAGGCAACGCGACCAACCGGAUGAUGAAGUGCAACAGGAAGUUGAUUUUCCCGAAUUCGAUAAAAGACCCGCCUUCAUCCACGUGUUGCUGCUGAACAAGACGAUCCGGCUGUUCUUCAUACUAGCCGCUGCAGCGGUAGUAAUUCCGGCCUUUGCUUACUUGUUCUUCUUCUCGCAGGAAAUUGGUCACGAGCCUAAGCAGCAAUUGAUGGGAACCUGCGGGCAUCCAACCUUGUACCACAUCCAGUGUGGUUUCGUCAACAUUUCGAAGGAAGAAUGUCACUUCUUGGGUUGCUGCUACACUAGCCUCGCUACCUGCUAUCACUCACUUCCAUCCGAGUACCAGUAUCAGCUAGAAGAUGAGUGGUUUGAUGGAGCAAUGCUGACACCGUCUCGCAAUCUAACUCCAUACCACAAACCAUCGACCGGAAAGAUUCGAGUUCACCUAGGAGUGGCCCAAAAUACUCGACUUCAGCUUUCUCUGGACACGGUUUCACAAGACAAAGCUCAGCAGCAAUCUAACGCUAAUCCUAUCAGCAUUAUUGAAACUGACACGCUUCAAGCUCAAAUCUACUCUCCAACUUUUUUCGUAGAGGUCAAACGCAAGGUCAAUAACGAAAUCAUUUUCUCGACGGCCCGUGGGCCCCUCGUCGUGACAAACGAUUUCAUCGAGUGGACGCUUCAUCUGGGUGUGGACAUAUUGUUUGGAUUGGGUUAUGCGGUUCUUGAGACCGGCAAGAAAUAUAUGCUCCUGAACAAUCAGAACUCAUCGUCAGUUCCGGUUAUCAUGGGUUACAACAGCAAAACCAAUCAAUUCAAUGGGAUCGUGUUCAGCACUCCCGGUAUGACAGAGAUAGAAAUCGUCCGCUCACGGUUGAUCAUUAUUCGUAGCCAGUUUGCGGGAAGGUUUGAAUUGGAGCUGCUACCGGGACCGAACCCAUCGGAUCUGCAUCGUCAACUUAAAGUGAUCUCUCACAACCAAUACAUUCCACCGUUUUGGUCCUAUGGGGUACAUGUUUGCGACGAAUCACCGAAUGUCACCUUGACGACUAUCCAUAGGGAUAUCGAAACGUUGCUUAACACAAGCAUUAUGUUUGAUUCACACUGCCUCAAAGAUGAUCUAUUUUGGCUAUCCAGUAGUAUGGCGAUUACGGCUGAAUUGGAAGAAGUAAUUCAAUUACUUUCCGGCAACGGUAAGCGAUUUUUACCGUCCAUUGUAAUGGUUCUGGAGCCCACCGGAAAUGCAGUACACACAAGUGCCAAAUCUUUCGGACUACUGUUGAGAAGUGCUCGCAACAUUGUUCCCCACCGGGGACGUGUCCGAAAUCGGACCGCAGUGUACGUUGACUGGCGUACUAAGCGACCUGAGUUGAGCAAAUGGCUGGAGCAAACAUGGAUCAGGGUAACCAACUUGAACGCUUCCGGGUAUAGCUUGAAGGAGGGCGCACUCCGAGACGAUGGAAAUAAAACUUUUCCUGGUCAGAAUCAACUAACAUAUCUUCCAGAUGGGUUAAACUGUUCACUCAACGAUUUAAUACGAUGGGAUACCAAACUUUCCGAUAGUAUGGAGAUGGUGAUCAAAAGUCAGAAUCUACUAGGACCUGCAAUGGUACGAGUUGUUCAACAGCAGUUGGAAGGAACGGAAGGGUUGUUAAUUACAGGAACGCAUAACAUUCAUACCAAAGCAGCAAUUCUAGCGCAGAACGUCUCAGCAACGUGGAUAUCCCUGCGAAAUGAAGUCAACCGUGCGAUUGGACUCUCUCUGGCCGGAAUAAGUUUUAUCGGAACACCUAUCUGCGGUAAUUCAGGUGAUAAUGUGACAGAAGAACUGUGCAUUCGGUGGUACCAGUUUGGUUCGCUUUUACCACUUUUCAAAGUGACAGCAGAUCGAACUCCGAACCAGUUCAGUCGGUUUGCACAGAGAAUCAUGCAGUCUGCGAUUCGGAAACGCUACUCUCUCGUGGAAUAUCUCAACACACUGAUCCUUACCGAUUCAGCGUAUUUGCGACCGAUGUUCCAUCACUACGACGAGGCUCGUAAUUUUACCGCUGAACUCUGGGAACAAUUUAUGGUCGGUAAUGCAUUACUUGUGGCCCCCGUAUUGCUACCGCAAAUGGCCCAAAUAGACAUCUACUUUCCGGAAAGUUUCUAUGAACUGUGGUCAGGUGAGGAACUACCGACCAACGACGUGCUGCACUAUGCAGUGGUAGAGUCCGAUUUACCACUGUUUCUUAGACCGGGAUGUCUUAUUGGUCUAAGAGACAUCUCCGAGAAUGUUUUGACCGUGGAUGAAGCAAGACUACAGCCGAUGUAUUUAGUCGGAGCGUUCGGAUGCAAUGCCCGCAAAAGUAGAUGCGACUCCACCGGAAAGGUGCUGUUUGUCCAUGGGUUUGAGUUGAAGUUUACUGCCGUGUUGGAAGAGGAGCUCGUGGUUCGAAUUCACUUAACACUGGAUGAUGCAAAUUUGAUGAAUCUGGCUUGUUCUGCUUCGGAUAAAACACUAUCCGGGGAUGUGACGUAUAUUCAGUUAUAUGGACAUCCCAACAAUUCCGAGCCGCUAGUGCAGGAUUUAAAUUACGACAUUUGUGAAUUCGGAAUGAAUGAAGAAGAAAGAAUCUAUCACUUCACGAAUGCUUAUAGGGAAACAUUCUGAAUGCAUUGAAAGCAGAUAAUAAAACGAUUUUUCUUUAUUUCUGAGAAUUAACAUUUAUUCAGUUUUAUAAAAAUUUGAGAGUAGUGGAAACUAAAUAUAAACAUUUUGACACUGUUCUGUCGAAUGGUGAUAUCAAAUGAUUACGUACGAAAGGCUCAGUGAGUAUGUCUUGUAGCAAUUCAAGAAUCAUGAGUUGAAACUGUAAAAAGAGCCGAUUCAAAGUAAUGGAUAAUUUAUACCUUCCGGUUUGAGCUGCAUGAUCCAAAUAAAUGCAAAUUCGUUGUACAAAUAAAUGAGAGGUUAGCCGCAAAAA